AUGGGGGGCUGGGGCAAUGCGAGUGGGCCAGGUCUAGUAGUAUCUAGCAUGUUUCGGAGCAUGCUUUCAGGAACAACCUCUGCGAUGACAUUAGGCCUCACUGCCGCCGCGGCCAGCAGCAUGAUAUGGGGAACUGCGACCUUGCCCUUCAUCAUCGCCUCGUCCGUCGGCUUUGCGAUGGGCAGUCUACGAUGGUAUUUUGCCUCGACCCAGGAGGCACUUUUGCAGCUGGAUCGCUACCCUUCCCUGCUUCGACUGCAUGUCCUUGCCAAUUUCCCGUGGCUACCAGAAUAUGCGCGUCGAGACGCCUCAUGGUUUACAAGGGAGAGGUUUCAUUCGAAUUGGGUUCACAAGAGCGUGCUUGUCGCCAGCUGGUUGUCCGCGCAGCCUGCUCUAGAUGAUAUUCACCAUCAGGUUGAGACUGCUCUUGUACAGGCAUAUGUCGAGUCACCCACCCAGGACAAAUGA